UUUCCGGUGGCUAGACCAGGCUAGACUUCCUUUACGUCACGACGUGAGCAAGGAGCGAGAAAGAUGGCCGCCCUCGUAGGUCGGUCCGGUCGUUUCGGACAAAUUGUGAGGUACCAGCUCAAGGCUCCACUGAUCGCGUCAUGCCGAUCAGCCCACUGGAACAAGGACUGGUGCCCCAAGCCGGCUCCGCAGACGGAGGAAGAGUUUAGAGCAGCUGCCAAGAAGUACAAGAUGCUGCCCGAGGACUACAAGGUGCGUUCCGAGAGUGAGGGCCUCACCUGGGGUGACUACCCCAAGAUCCCGACGAUCCCGGCGGGAAGCAGGGACCCCGAGGAGGACUACGACUUCCCCCACCUGAGACGGAAUUACGGCGAGCCGAUUGACAUCUACAUGGAUGCAUACACCCUCGAAAGACUAGACUGGCCCAGGGAACGCGUUCCUGUGUGGAAGCAGAUAGCCAUGUUUCUGGGCACGGUGGUUGGCUUCUGGUACCUCGCAGACCUCUUCGACCACCCACGGCUCAGGAUUAAUCCAGAUCUGGGUCCACCACAGCUGCCAAGCGACGGAGUUGUCCACUACACCUUUGAGCCACUGGACUAGAGUUGUUUAUGUGUUGGUGUGCUGGCAGUUCGAACAUUAAACAUAGGUUAUCCAA